AGCAAAUAUUGUAACACUUCAAUGUUUUUUUUCCUUGACUAAUUUUCUAUGUUUUCUUGAAAAUCAAUUUCCUCAAUUCAAUAAUGAUUUUAAUGAAUUUAGAUUAUAUAAAUUUAAAUACAUGGAGAUAGUGAAUAAUAUAGUUUCAGAACUCAAAGCUGAUGUAAACCAACUGAAUAAUGAAGCAUUUGUUAAUGUGUGUUCAUUAUUUCAUAAACAAUUGCAAUUGGUUGAUGGUAUAAUAGUAGAUGAUUUAAUGAAUCACAAAACAAAUAAAGUUAUCUUGAGUGAACUUUAUAAUUUAAGUAAAUUGAAUGAUACAAAUACUAUGUAUCAAGUGUUAAAUUAUGAUAAUCUCACAAAAGAACAAAAACUAAGUAUUCAAGCAAUUAAGGCAUUAUUACAGACUUGCUUGUUCAAAGGUGAAUAUGGUUAUCAAAAAUGUUUAUUAGAAACAAUAGUAGAAGACUUAAAUGAAUUAGAAGGUUCAAUUUGUCAAUCAUAUGCCUACUUCAAAUUUACCAAUUUCCUUCAUAUAGCUUUCAGUUUGGAAAAUUUAACAAUAGAUUUGAUAGUCAAAAUGAAUAAGUUUAUUAAGCAACUAGCCAAAUCUUGGUGUUCUCGUCAAGAAGGUUUUAUCCAAAUAACUCAACUUUUAAGUGAUGCACUUGAARUAACUACUAAAAAUAAAUUAGAUAAAGUUUGCACUACUAAUCUACUUAUGUUAAUUUGGUCAUUACAAAAAAUAACUACUACCGAAAAUUGUGGACCAAAAAUGGUUUGUGCUUUUGUUGACUUACUUGGACAUUUUGCAUCUAAAAAUAAUGGAAGUUUUGGUUCGACUUGGAAUAUUGAUACUAAUGUGGUACAACCCAUGAGUCCAAAAAAUAUAUUGUUUUAUCUAGACAGUCCAUUUUUUCAGGUGAGAACUGCUGCUAUUAGAUGUAUGAAAGUAAUGUGUGAUGUUUAUGAAAAUAUUCCAAAUACAUAUAUAAUAUGCUAUGAAGAAAUGUUUGACAUUAUAUUACAUAAACUACAAGAAGGAUUUAUUGUUGAUUACGAUAUAUGUGAAGAAGAACGUGAAGACGAGUAUACCAAUAGAAUUUCUACUUAUUUAUUAUGCAUGCAAUCAUUAAUAACGUCAAGUGUUAAGUUUCGAAAAAAAUGUUUAUUCGAAGUUCUUCAAACAGUUAAUAUUAAACAAAUUAACCUAGAUUUGGUGAUUAAUCUGUUAGAAUGUGUAAAAACCAAAUUAGAAAUGAAAUCAUAUAUGGAGUUAUUAGAAAAUAAUUUAAAAUUUUUAGUAUGGGAGUGGCAUUUGAAGUAUUCUACUUUUAAAGAAUUUCCAGUUAAAUUGUUUUCUUGCACAACAAUAGAACAAUUCUCUAAAAAAUACCCUUUAGAAACCAUCCCUAUUUUAGUAAUCAAAAAUGACUUGGAUAUUUUAAAUUCCAUAGGUGUUCUCUGUGAUUUAAUUGAAGAAAACUUUCCUGUUAUAUUUUCAUAUUUGUUGGCUAUUAAUUUAGUAGAGGUACCAUUACUUAAUCAUGAUGCAAUUAAAAAUCUCAUUAAAAAUCAAUUGGGUGAAAUGCAUUUUAAUGAACUAAUAAGGUUCCAGUACUCAGAUAUAAUAUUACAAUUUAUCCAAAUGGUUGUCAUAAAUACUGAGCAGCCAAUUGUUCCAAUACAAAUUAGCAGCGAUCAGUUUCUGAUUUUAAUUAAUAUUUUUCAAGAGACAUAUGUAAGAAGUAACAAUCCUUUUUUUACUCACAUGGCUACAAAAAAACCCAAUUGUAUUCAAAUAAUUGUUCACAUAUUGUAUGUGAAUAUUUUCAAAACUUUAACAUCAGAAUUAUGGUAUCAGUCAUUUUUCCAGUAUACAAUUUUUAUGAAGGCUCUUAUCGGUCAAUUAUUAGAUUCUAAUCAAAUAGAUGAAUUUUCUCAUUUUCUAAUUAAUCAAUCUGUACAGUCAAUUAUCACUUUAUUAAACCAAAAAAAAUGUGAAAUGCAUUAUUAUGCUAUAGAAUAUUUAGAAUGGUUAUUUAUUAAUCGAAGAUGCAUUUUAAAAUUUAAAAUUAGUCAAAUUGGAUCUCUGACAUCAACUCUACGAAUAUUGACUAAAAAGCAACAUUCCUUAAAAGAAAAAUUAUUACGUCUAUUAAAUAUUCUUGAAAACUUCAGUAAUCAAGUUAUUGAUUGUGAAACAAAUAAAGAAAAUAAAACAACACUACAUAAAGAUAUCAAUUCUUUUCUUUCUCAACAAAAUGAAAACACUAACAUAGUUCAAUCUUUACAAUGUUUAAGACAAAAGCUACAAACAAAUGAAAAAGAACUUCAAUGUAUGUACCAAGAACUGUUAAAUAUGCGUGGUUUUUCAGAAGAUUGCGUUAAAAGCAUUUUACAUUGCUUAAUUUGUACACUAAUAAAGCUUACAAAAUGUGAUGAAUUUGAAAUUCAAAUCUUAGCUGCCAGUUGUUUGGGUAUAUUAGGUCCAGCUGAUUUAACUACCUUAAUACUGCAACCAGAACCUGAAGUAUUGAGAUUAGAAUGCCAUAUAUCUCUAGAAUACUCAUUUAUAAAGCAUAUAGUUGAAUUGGUUUUAAAUUACUUAAAUGACGAUAAUGUUUCAGUUUUGGAAUCAAGUAAUAUGACCUUAUUUCAAAUUAUGGCAACUCGUGAAGGAAAAAGUUUAUAUGAUGAAUUAGGUGCAAAGGUUUUAUACCCAUUUAAACAUGAAUAUUCUCAAAUAGUAGAAUUGGAUGUUGAAUUAUCAUUUAAUAUUCAACAAUUUAAUCUACUUAUUGAUAAAAAUGAAAUCUGGUGUCCAAUAGAUGAAUCCAUCUCAUACAAUAAUUGGAUUACAAACAUUACAAAACAUUUAUUGGAAACACUUGAAGGCUUUUGCAAAAGUUUAUUGCCUAUUGCCGAAAAUAAACCUGUCUUUUGUGAAAACAUUUUACCACAUCUAGUUUAUUUCCUUCUUGAAUACAAACCAUUGACACGGCCUGUAUUAAAUAAACAUUUGAACUUUUUUUUUCUUAAACAUUAUAAAUUGAAAACAGAAAAAAAAAGUGAAAAGAUAAAUGGAAAUUCUUAUCAAGUUUAUGAUGCCGUUGAAAAUAAUAUUUAUCAUAACAAAUCAGCUGUACAAUGUCUUCUAAGCAUCAUUAAUUUUAUUAGACUUCAACAAAACAAUCCUUUACAAACAAUUUUAGAUAUAGAUUACUUAUAUGUAUCCCAAGCAGCUCAAUUUUGCUCUGCAUAUUUUACUUCUAUCCAAUAUUUAGAGCUAUGGUGUGAAACUAAAUUUAAAAAAAUGAACAAAGUUAAAGAGUCAAUGGUAUUUAAUCCUGUGGAUGUGAUCACAGAAAUAUUACCAGAAGAAGGACUUUUGUUGCAAUCAAUUCUCAAUGAAUCUUAUAAAAGUAUUGGCGAUUCUGAUGCAAUUGAAGGUUGUGGUUCUAGUUAUUUGUUAAAUAUUUCCUCUCGUACACAAUACUAUCAACAACUCAGAAAAUGGGAUCGUGUUAUGGAGAAUUGUGAUUUACAGCAGACCACAGGAGUCAUUUCCAAAGAUUAUUUAGAAGCAUUUUCAAACUCUGGAUUACAAAAUGUUGCUCACAUAUUGGCUUCCAACAAUGAUAGUUUAAAAUAUGACUAUUGUUGGCAAUUAAAUAAAUGGGAUUUACCAGAUUGUGGUGACAAAUCUUUUGAAUCAUUGCAUUAUCAUGCUUUACGACAUGUGCAUCUAAACAAUUUAAAUAGGGCAAUUCCCAUGAUUAAUGAAGCGAGAUUAGUAGUUAUUGAGUCUCUAUAUUGUGCAAGUCUUGAAUCGACAGCAACAGUUUAUACUCCAUUAGCCAAGCUUAAAAUAAUUGAAGACCUUGAUGAUUUUAUCUCUACAUCAGAUAAAAAUAAAUUAUUUUGCAACUGGUUAAAUCAAAAAACUUUAAGAACUAAUGAUUUUGAAAACAUCAAUAAAAUACUUUCUCAACGUUGUAAGUUAUUGGAUUUUGUUGGUGAUGAAAGAUCAGGCAUACUAAGAAUGAAAAUAGCAGAGCUAGCACAACAAAAUGAUUGGUUACUAGAAUCUGGAAGACAUUUAGCAACAGUUGCUACCUUAAGCAUUUACCAUAAACAUACAAUUUUAUGGGCAAAGGUGGAGGAGACUAGACUUUUAUGGAAAAGAAAUGACUGUCAUAUGGCAAGAGUUUUAUUAAAAUUUGUUGUUGAAGAACUUGAAAAUUAUGAUUAUCCUUUCUUAUAUUCUUUAGCAUUACAACUUUAUGGUUCUUGGAUGGAAGAAACAAAAUCAGAAACAUCAAAUGAUAUUAUAAAAAAAUAUUUCCAAAAGUCUAUCAAAAAAUUAGAAUUGGAAUCAAAUAAUAAAGAAGAAUUUGGAUUGGAUUGUAAAAAAGUACUGUCAGAUGCUUAUAAACAUUUAUCCCAAUUUACGGAUACAUUAUAUCAACAACUAUACAAAUAUAUUAAAACAGAUGAUUUUCAAAAACGUAUGCUUGAAAUUGAAGACAAUAUAACUAAAGGAAAAGCAUUGGUUGAAUUAGGAAAAUCAACCAAUAACAAAGAAAAAAGUAAGGCUGGUUUUUUUUUGAUUUCACAAAGUACAAUUGAUAAAAGAGAUAUAAGUAACAAAAACGAGGAGAAGAAUAAAUAUUUGAAACUAACAUUGCAAAACUAUUUGCAAUUGAUGACAUUAGAUGAUGAAAGCAAACUUCCUAUUUAUAGAAUUGUAUCUUUAUGGUUAGAAAAUAAAGGAAAUAACGAAAUAAAUGAUAUUAUUUACCAAGGAUUUAAAAAAAAUCCUUCAUAUAAAUUUAUCUUGGUUCUUCCUCAAUUGGUUGCUCAUUUAAAUUGCACGUCUGAACACUCUUUUCAUAAAUCUUUGGAAAAAAUCAUAAAUUGUUGUGCAUUGGACCACCCAUUUCAAACCAUCCCGAUUGUUUAUGCUGUCGCAAAUACAAAUAUAGAUCAUAAGUUUAAUCAAUGUGAACCAUCUUUUAAUGAUGAAGAAGAAUCUAGAGUAUUAGCUGCUAAACGUUUAAUGUUAAAUUGGAAAAAAGAUAAAAACAUUAGUUUUAUUGUGAUAAAUACAGAAAAAUUAUAUGAAGCAUUUAUACAAUUAGCUUAUACAAAAUUUUCUUGUUCACAUGACCAACGAAUUACAAUUCCUAAUGAACAACCUCUAAUGAAAAUACAAAACUCAGAAUUUUAUAUGUAUCCUACAGCAACAUUGCCACUAAACAAACUUGGUGACUAUUCAAACAUUAUAAGUAUUGUUAGAUUUGAAAAUUCAUUUUUAAAUUGUGGUGGAGUACAUGAACCAAAAAAAAUUGAUUGUUUGUGUUCUGAUGGUAUUCAAAGAUCACUUUUAUUAAAGGGUAAUGAAGACAUGCAUCAAGAUGCAAUUAUGCAACAAGUAUUCGUAUUAAUGAAUAAAUUACUAAAUUCUAAUAAAUCUACAGCUAAGAGAAAAUUGACCAUAAGAACUUAUAAAGUGAUCCCAUUUUCACAACAGAGUGGAAUUGCUGAAUGGUGUGUAAACACAAUGUCUCUUUCUAACUACUUAACAGGRAAAAAUUUGAUUACAGGUGCCCAUCAAAAAUAUAGGCCAGAAGACAUAACACCAGCAGAGGCUAGAAAUAUUCUUAAAUCGUCUCAGGUAAAAAGAGAUUGUGAAUUGACUAAACAAAAAAUAUAUUUGGAAAUUUGUAAGAAAUUAAAACCAGUAUUUCGAUAUUAUUUCUUUGAGAAAUUCUUAUCACCUUCAAUUUGGUUUGAAAGGAGGCAAGCCUAUAUACAUAGUGUUGCUACUACUUCUAUGGUAGGAUACAUAUUAGGCUUAGGUGAUCGUCAUGUUCAAAACAUAUUGAUUGAUAACAUUACUGCGGAACUCAUUCAUAUUGAUUUCGGGGUCGCAUUUGAACAAGGAACUUUAUUGUCUACACCAGAAACUGUUCCAUUUAGACUGUCAAGAGAUAUUGUUGAUGGUAUGGGCAUCUGUGGCAUAGAAGGAACUUUUCGAAAGUGCUGUGAAAAAACUAUGUCUGUUUUACGUCAAAACCAAGAUGUAAUUGUCACUGUUAUCGAAGUCUUAUUAUAUGACCCGUGUUAUCAAUGGGCAUUAACAGGAAAAAAAGCUAUUCAACUUCAAAAUCAAUCAACAAAAAAAAAUUCUAGCAUUAAUGAUAAUGCUACUGAAGUAAAUAAAUUAGCCGAAAGAUCACUGAACAGAGUACGUGUUAAAUUACGUGGAAUGGAACAAGCUGAAACCGCUGCAGCCAGUAUUAAUGGGCAGGUUAAUUUGCUAAUACAAAAAGCAAGAGACCCGAAUAACUUAGCACUGUUAUUUCAUGGAUGGCAAGCUUACUUAUAGUUUUUCAAUGCAAUUUGCAAAAUAAUACGAUUAGAAUCUACAGGACAUUUUAAGGAUCAGUGUUGAUAUUGGUAUAUAUUACAAGCAAUUCCACUAAAUCACGCAAUUCAGCACAGUAUCAAAUAUAUUAUAUUA